AUGAAACGUAACCAGGAAGUGUCGACGGUCACACCGGACAUGACGUCACUGCUGCAGCAGCGUGCACACGGUAGAGCACCCGGGAGCCGAAGCGGAGUGCAGCCAUGUGGCCUCUAGUCUUUACAGCGUUACGGACCUAUGCCCCUUAUGUCACCUUCCCCGUGGCCUUUGUGGUGGGAGCAGUGGGCUACCACCUGGAGUGGUUUAUCCGGGGGACCCCUAAACCCAGAGAGGAGAAGAGCAUCCUGGAGCUGAGGGAGGAGAGGAAGCUGCAGGAACAAGAGGGCAUGGACGGUACCCAGGUGCUCAGCCUGAAAGACAAACUGGAGUUCACACCUAGAGCUGCUCUGAACAGGAACCGACCAGAAAAGAGCUAACCCGUGUUGGUGUGAGGGACAUGCAUUUACCCUCUCUCAGCAGAAGUGCAUUGGGUGCCACGAGGGUGACGCAGAGGGGGGAAAAAACACCCAUAAUUCCCAUUUAACUCAGCCAUACAUCCUCACUCAUGCACCAGCUUGCCUGUGUAAAUAUCUGCUACUUUUUAGAGUUGAGAGGGUAAUUAAAAGGAACCGUAUUUGGUCUUUUAUCAAGUCAAACACAGCGUAUCUGUGCUGUAUGGGAUCAUUUGACCUUCUCCUUGAAGUCACACUAGCUUGUUAAUGCAUUGACCAAUGACUAAAGUAAGAUACUAUAAUUAUAACACAUGAAAUAUUGAGCGUCUGGUUGUUAAAGAUAUUGAACUGAUGACAGGGUUUGAUGGGGAUUGUUCUUUUUUCUGUGUUAUAGGUAUCUAGUUGUGUUAUUAUUACACCAAUGUAUUUGUGUCUCUGCUGUUAAAUCGCACACAAAUGAUGCACAAGAUGUCAAAGAUGAAACACAUUUUCAUGUUCCAAGCCUGUCAAAAAGUAUUUCUCCUUUUAAUCAUUUCUGUAUGUUGAGAAAGGACUGAUUGUGAACAUAAAAGUCAAGGAAAUGA